AGCUGCAGCCCGCCGGCUCGCCAGUGCAGCCGCGAUGCCCCGGAGCCCGAGCCCGACCCCGGCCCGGGUCCCCGGCCCACCGCGUAUUUAGCCUCGUGCGUCCCGAGCGCGCCACCGCCAACGCCGCGCCCCGACGCAGCUAUGGGCAACACUGUGCACAGGACCCUGCCAGACUCGAGCCCGCCGGCGCGCCUCCUGGCCACCCGGCCUUGCUGCGGCCCCGGCCCGGAGCGGCGCCCGGUCCUGGGCGAAGCGCCGCGUUUCCAUGCCCAGGCCAAGGGCAAGAACGUGCGGCUGGACGGCCACUCGCGCCGGGCCACGCGGCGCAACAGCUUCUGCAACGGGGUCACGUUCACGCAGCGGCCCAUCCGGCUAUACGAGCAGGUGCGCCUGCGCCUGGUGGCCGUGCGCCCGGGCUGGAGCGGGGCGCUGCGCUUCGGCUUCACGGCGCACGACCCAUCGCUCAUGAGCGCCCAGGACAUCCCCAAGUACGCCUGUCCCGACCUGGUCACGCGGCCCGGCUACUGGGCCAAGGCGCUGCCGGAGAACCUGGCGCUGCGCGACACUGUGCUGGCCUACUGGGCGGACCGCCACGGCCGUGUCUUCUACAGCGUCAACGACGGCGAGCCCGUGCUCUUCCACUGCGGUGUGGCCGUGAGCGGCCCUCUCUGGGCGCUCAUCGACGUCUACGGCAUCACCGACGAGGUGCAGCUCCUCGAGAGCGGGUUCGCCGACACGCUGACGCCUGCGCGCCUCGGCCAGGCCCGCUUCAGCGCCUGCCUGCCGCCCAGCAGCCACGACGCGGCUAACUUCGACAACAACGAGCUCGAGAACAACCAGGUGGUGGCCAAGCUGGGCCACCUGGCGCUGGGCCGCGCCCCGGGCCCGCCGCUCGCCGACCACGCGGCCGCAGCCAUCCCGUGCGGGCCCCGCGAGCGCCCGCGGCCCUCGUCGUCGCCGGCGCUGCUAGAAGCCGACCUGCGCUUCCACGCGACGCGCGGGCCCGACGUGAGCCUGUCGCUCGACCGCAAGGUGGCCUGCGCGCCGCGGCCCGAUGGCGGUCGCACGCUUGUCUUCUCCGAGCGCCCGCUGCGGCCCGGCGAGAGCCUCUUCGUGGAGGUGGGCCGCCCGGGGCUGGCGGCGCCCAGCGCGCUGGCCUUCGGCAUCACGUCAUGCGACCCGGGCGGGCUCCGCGCCGCCGAGCUGCCCACCGACCCCUACGCGCUGCUCGACCGCAAAGAGUACUGGGUGGUGGCGCGCGCCGGGCCCGUACCGAGCGGGGGCGACGCGCUCAGCUUCACUCUGCGGCCCGGCGGCGACGUGCUCCUGGGCGUCAACGGGCGCCCGCGCGACCGCCUGCUGUGCGUCGACACCACGCAGGCGCUCUGGGCCUUCUUCGCCGUGAGCGGCGGCGCCGCAGGCCAGCUGCGCCUCCUCGGCACCCUGCAGUCCAGCCCUGCGACCACAUCCCCAUCAGGAUCUCUCAGCGGCUCCCAGGACGAUAGCGAUUCCGAUAUGGCCUUCAGUGUCAACCAGUCCUCCUCGGCAUCUGAAUCAUCCCUGGUGACGGCCCCCAGCUCCCCACUGAGCCCACCAGUGUCCCCCGUGUUCGCCCCACCGGAGCUGGCGGGCAGCAAGAACAGCGAGUGCGCGGUGUGCUUCGAUGGCGAAGUGGACACAGUCAUCUACACGUGUGGACACAUGUGCCUGUGCCACGGCUGCGGCCUGCGGCUCAAGAGGCAGGCCCGGGCCUGCUGCCCCAUCUGCCGGCGGCCCAUCAAGGACGUCAUUAAGAUCUACAGGCCGUAGCCUGGCCCGCCGACGGCCUUGACCAGAGCAAGGUCACCUUUCUGAAGCCCACCCCCACCCCGGGCCGGGCGACCACCAUGGCUGCCGGGGAGUCCAAGGGCAGCAGCUAUCUUGCCUGCCGCUCUCCAGUGGUGGGCAAGGCGUGACAGUCGUGGACACGAGGCCCCCGGGGGUCUCAGUCCAAGCAAGAGUUGCUUCUGGCUCGAAAUUGCUUUGCCCCCAAAAGGCCGUCCCAAGAGCAAGCUCAGGAACUGCCUGGCAGACUGCCCUGUCCCCCGGUGACCUCUCAGCUGAGAAAUGGCGUCCUCUGUGCAAUGCCUUUUGCUGGGGUUGGGUUGAGUGUGUGUGAGAGAGGGGGAGGGGAGGGAGGGAGACAGUC